ACCAGAAUGGAGAAUAAAAGCCUCUCAAUGGCCAGGGCAUGACAGCUACUUAUUUAGUUUUAGUUUGACUUAAAUUAAACUGCCUUAAAUGUGCUUUAGUAAACAUUUUUUUAUUCGCACUAAUCAAUCAACACAUUCCAGUCUUUGUAUGUCUCAAUAUAAUCGUUUUAUUUAAUUAAAUCCAUUUAAAAUAAUCUUUGCCUGAAAAUAAAAUAUGAUCGUUUCCCUUCCAGUCAGCAGACGGCGAUGUGCGUCUUUCAGGCAACGCUGUCAGCGUGACGUAUAAUCUAGUGGACGGUUCUUCAGAAACAGCUCGUCAACCUCCUCGGUAGCUUGCUAGCCAACAUAGCCGAAAGAUUCAAGCUAUUUUUACGCUUUCGGUCUAUAUUAGCUACUGUGUUUUAGACACACUUCUGUCGUUUCAACUUGUUAACCUAUUUAAUUUAAUAUUACGUUAUUUUGUAUUAGUCAGCUAUAGUAUCUGGCUGGUUAAGUUACCACUAGCCUAGUCGCUAAUGAUAGCUAGCUAGCUAACAUCCCCGACCAUGAGCUUCCUAAACUACUCCCCUCCUGUUAAAGAAGAGGGGUUCUGCUGGACGGAGAAAGAAGCUCUGGGGCUGAACAUUGUCGUGAAAGAGGAUGUCACAGUAAAACAAGAAGUAGAGGGUGAGGCUGUUACAGUGAAAGUAGAAGAGAAAGACGUUUCAGUGAAAGAAGAGGAAGACGCGUUCAGAGUUAAAGAGGAGGAGGAUGUUACAGUAAAAGAAGAGGGGGAUGUAGUUUUUGGAGUGAAGAAGGAAGGGGAGAUUACUGUUACAUUGAACGAUGAAGAGGAGGAGAUAGGAGAUCUGAUUAACACCAGAGAGAGAGGGUCCUCUGGGGAGCCUCAACAACAUCAUGAUGCUGAUGAGGCAGAGAAGAGUGUCUCCACAUCAGAACUCCUCAAGAAACACCAUAGGAGACCCACAGGGAAGAAAUCUCAUUGCUGCUCUGACUGUGGGAAACGUUGCAAAUCUUCAUCAGAACUUAAAAUACACCAGCGAGUACACACUGGAGAGAAAUCUCACCACUGUUUUGAUUGUGGGAAGAGUUACUUAAGAUUAAAAUCACUAAAAGUACACAUGAGAAUUCACACUGGAGAGAAACUUUACAGCUGUGAUCAAUGUGGGAAGAGUUUUACUAUGUCUAGUCAUCUGAUGAUACACCAGAGAACACACACAGGAGAGAAACCGUACAGCUGUACUCAAUGUGGGAAGAGUUUUACUCAGUCAAGCAACCUGUUAUCACACCAGAGAAAACACACAGGAGAUAAACCUUAUAGCUGUGAUCAAUGUGGGAGGAGUUUUACUACAUCUAGUCAUAGGAUUGUACACCAGAGAACACACACAGGAAAGAAACCGUACAGCUGUACUCUAUGUGGGAAGAGUUUUACUCAGUCAAGCAACCUGUUAUCACACCAGAGAAAACACACAGGAGAGAAAUCGUAUAGCUGUAAUCAAUGUGGGAUGAGUUUUAUUCAGUCAUGCACCCUGUUAUCACACCAGAGAACACACACAGGAGAUAAACCUUAUAGCUGUGAUCAAUGUGGGAAGAGUUUUACUACAUCUCGUCAUCGGAUCGUACACCAGAGAAAACACACAGGAGAUAAAUCUUAUAGCUGUAAUCAAUGUGGGAAGAGUUUUACUCGGUCAAGCAACCUGGUAUCACACCAGAGAACACACACAGGAGAGAAACCUUAUAGCUGUGAUCAAUGUCGGAAGAGUUUUACUUCAUCUAGCAGUCUUAUUGUACACCAGAGAACACACACAGGAGAGAAACCUUAUAGCUGUGAUCAAUGUGAGAAGAGUUUUGUUACAUCUAGCCGUCUUAUUGUACACCAGAGAACACACACAGGAGAGAAACCUCAUAGCUGUAAUCAAUGUGACAAGAGAUACUCUGAUAAAAGAUCUCUGAUCAAACAUCAGAAAAUACAUACAUGAAGGGGUUGUUUCAUGAAAUCAAUGAAAUGUCAUAAUGUAGAAAGUUUUAACAUUGUAGAAGGAGUAUUUUAAUGAUGUCACAAUGUAGAAGCCUAAAUGUUUGUCCCCUGUUCUAUUGAUUUCAGCCAGAUAUGGAUAUUAGCAUCAGGGAGAAAAUCCAGGCUCUUAAUUGAAAGAGUACUAUUUAUGUUAUUUAACAAAAAGUGACUAACAAAUAAAGAGCUGUGUUGCACUUAUAA